UGUCCAUACAUUUGUUCUCUGCAUCUGUGUCUCCAAUUCUGAAAGGCAACAUUUUUGCAAAGACUUGAAGGAGGUGGGGGAGUGAGCCAUGCAGGUAUCUAAGAGAAGGAGUUCCACACAGAGGGCACAGCCAGUGCAAAGGUCCUGAGGCAGCACUGGCAUGCCUGAGAAAUGGUGGGGAGACCAGUGUGGCUGGAGCAGUGCGGCUGGGAGGGAGAUGAGGAAGUGGGAGAGGAGGUCAGGGAGGUGAGGGGGCGAAUCAUUGGGGCCUUCAAGGACUUUGGCUUUUCCUCAGAGUGAAAAAUGGGGAGGUUUGAACAGAGGAGGCACAUGAGCUGACUUAGUUUUGAACAGGAUCCCGUGGCUGCUGUGUGGAGUGCAGACAAUUAGGGGCGAGGCGGGAAGCCAGGAGACAAGGAGCAGGCAGCUGCGGAAACCCAGGACCAGAGUGGGGAGAAGGGGGAGGAUUCUAGAUGUAUUUUGAAGGUAGAACCAAUGGGAUUUCUUGUUGGGGUAUACCUUUCCAGACUUUUUCCUGUUUCUGCUAUUUUUAAUCUAUUACCAGUAAGGAGCUUCUAGGCAGAGCAGCCUUUCAGUUUCUAUCUGGGUGUCUGAGAUUUCCAACCUUGCAGAGAAGUAGCCUGAGCAAGCUCAACCCAUGUUUCUGUCCUCCUCUCAUUACAGGGACCUGCAGGGCCCCCCCAGCAGCCUGGAUUCUUUUCCUGCCAAAUGUGGCUACUUCCUGCGUCACAGUCCUGAUGGUAAUUUCAUUUUUCAAGCCUGAUAUUUCGCCUUCUGCAUGCAGAAGGAAAAAGCAAAUUACAGGUUGGAAACCAGAAUAUUUCAAAGGGGAGUGAAAAGGUUGGAGCAGAGUGACUGCUACAUAAUGAAGUGUCCAGUGAUCGCGUCCAGGCUGGGCCAAGAGAGUGUCCACUGCCGGCCCACAUUCAUUCAGGUCUCCCUGCCCCUACCCCUGGGAAGCACCAGUGGACACACCCCGUGGCUGCUGUGCAUCGGAGGGGAGCCGGUGGCUUCUCUGGGGGAUGCCAGCCUGAUGGGAUCAUCAACAGCACGAAUCAGCGUGGACGUCACCGCCACCACCCUCACCAUCCAGAGCCCAAGGCAAGACCCUGUCCAGAGGCAGGAGCGUCAAGCGCUCCGCGUGGCAGAUGAGCGGCUCCUGCAAUCACGCAUUCAGCUCGUCGUCCUGAUCGUGGUGGCAGGAACUGUCAUCCCAGCCAGAGACGGAGGUCUUGUUCACAUCCCAAAGCAGAGACUGGAUCUGGUCAAAAGAGGUUCUUACUUGGAGGAAAGCCUGAGCCUAAAAUUCCGGGUCCCCCAGUUCCUUACCUUCACAGUGACCGAAAACAGGGACUUUGCGGCGGUCGGUGUCCUGGCGGCUGGGGUGAUCCAGGUCCAGCAAUGCCAGGAGGCCCAAGGAGCUCUGGGGACGCAGGCUUUCUAUAGGGUGGUCCUGAGCCUGGGAUUUGCCGAGGUGACCGCCCCCAUCCUCUGGACGGUGGAGAGCUCCUUCCAGGGUGUGGGUGAGAGUCACGGAGCCCCUCCAGGAGGAAUACCAUCUGCUGCCUUUUCCCAGUUCCAAACUGCAGGACCAGCUGCCUUUGGAGAGAAAGCGGGGCUCCCCGAGAGCUCCCACCUGAGCGCAGCCCAGCUGUCUCGCCUGGCUCACGGCCACGCAGGGCCUUGGGACCCGGCACAAGGAGGUGGAGGGGAGGGCCUGCGGCGGUGCACACAGACCGGAGGGAAACCGAGGCACACUUCAAAGGAGCUGGAGCCCAGGAGCCAGGCCUGGAGAACCAGCCUGAGAAGGGUCUUGGACCUUUUCUGCGAACAGCCAAACCUGCGGAAGAAGGUGGACAUCUACUGGCUUCCUUUUUCCCUUUCCCAGAGGAUCAGCUCCCCCAGGGAAAGUGGGUCUCAGGCCAUCUGUUACCCUAAGUGGCAGUCUAGGCCUGAGCAGAGCCCCGCCUAGCUACCAGGAAGUCCCCUCCUACUGGAAGUGUCACAGGGGGACGUGGCUGCCGACCAGCCCAUGCGGGGGCCCUGGCAGGCCAGCAAGGAGGUCCAGCCGUUGACAAAGCCCUUGGUGACCAGCCUGGCUGAAGAGGUGCUGUGUUCCUGCGGCUCCUCUGGAGAGCCCCAGGAAACAUCCUCCAGAGCAGAAGCUGGGGGGCCACCCAGGGAGGCCAGAGGGCACCUGGGCCUCUCAUUCCCAGAACCAAGUCAGGACCUGGAGGGGACUCGCCCUCCUUCUGGGGAUGGAUGCCACAGCACUGCCCCAGUGGUGAAUACUUCCAAGCUGCCAGCAGAGUGCAGCUCCCGAGAACCAUCCGGCCUCCGCCUCCGAGAAGCCCACUGCCUCAUCUACGGGGGCCACACACACGUCCAGCAACCUCAGAGCCUGCGGGCUCCCACGGACGUUUCCUCACCCAGCCUGGCCGAGCCUAGAGACCCUUUCACUGCUGGCCAGGGUACCCCCCGGCAGGAGCCAGCAGAGCCCACACUGGCAACCAGCCUUGAAAGGCACAGGCCUCCUGAGCUUCAGAACAUCGUGGAUGGGCUUCUGAGAGACCCCCUCGCUGGGAAUUGA